UGCAGAGCAUCAACCAUAAUCCUCACACUAGGUCACAAACUUUACCCAACAUUUUCACUCGGCUACUACUACUACAGAAAAGUGAUCUUCCGCAAGCUCCACCAUUCAGAUUCCCUUUUCUCUUUUCUCUCUCUCUAAAUUCCCAUUUCCUUGGUGAAAAUUUUCCCAUGGAGAGAAUAACGGCAAGAGAGAACCUCUCCUGAUGGUACGAUUCUGAAAUCUAGGUUUUCGUUUACCCUCUUUUUUUUUUGGAAGGAGGAGGAGGAGGAGGAGGAGGAAGAAGAAGAAGAAGAAGAAGAAGAUGAUGAAACGGUUGUUGGGUGGGCCAGGAACGAUUAGUGGGUUCCUGUUGAGGUUAGGACAAUGUGCAUUUGGUGCCUCUUCAAUUGCGCUAAUGGUCACUGCUUUUGGCUUUUCUAGCUACACCGCUUUCUGCUAUUUAAUUGCAUCAAUGGGACUUCAAGUGCUCUGGAGCUUUGGACUUGCAUGUCUUGAUAUUUAUGCCUUGAGGAGAAAGAGAGACCUACAAAAUCCAAUUCUUGUUAGCCUAUUUGUUGUAGGUGAUUGGGUAACAGCUACUUUGUCACUGGCAGCUGCAUGCUCAUCAGCAGGAAUUGUAGUAUUAUAUGCAAGAGACCUGGAUUUAUGCUCGACUCGUAAGAGUCUAACUUGCAACAGGUACCAGAUUUCUGUAGCCAUGGCUUUUAUCACCUGGGUUCUUACAGCAAUGUCAUCACAUGUGAUGUUUUGGAUCUUGGCCUCAGUCUAGCUUGACAUAUUUACUUUGCUGGACAGAUGACCACCAUAGAUAUCACAGCAUCUUCGAUGACUCUUGUAAAUUUUGUUGUAUGAGUACUUGCCAUGACAUGUGGGCAAAAUUUUCCUUAUUGUCCCUGCUCAAAACUGUGAUUGAUGUUUCAUUUUUCAGUCUUUCCAUGUUUCUCAGUCUAGAUACAGAUUCUGGUUUAAUCUUAAUUAUUGGACUUGAUUCUGUAAUCCAACUUCCUUAUUGUGUAGCCAAAAAUUAUGCUCCUUGCGCUGCGUGAAUGCAGUUGUAAAUAAAUAGUAAUUUACCGCCUGUAAAACAUGGAAAGCAACUGUUGUCACAUUUCACGUUACUAAAAAUCCAUCAUAUAAUUGCAUCUAAUAUUUUACUUUGACUCGGUUAACUAUUGUAAUCCUGUAUCUACUACAGCAUUUAUUUCUAACGCUUAAAAUGUACAAGGUAAAGUCUGGCAUAUAUGGUGCAUUUAUAUAGGGGCUUAUCAUUUUAGGCUACAAUG